CUUGCAUCCCGUUUUUAUUUGUAUGAAAAGUAAAUAUAAAAAAUGACAACUCGCGUACUAAUAUAUGAACCAAAGGCAGAUUAAUGGACGAGCGAAGUUCUAAGCUUGUUUUAUAGCAAAAAGUCUAUUUAGAUCUUGUUUUAAUACAUAGAACGUAACAAUUUAAAAAAAAUGUGCUAAGUACAGUGUUCUACGACCAUAAAUGGCUAACGAUUUCCCUACACAGUUUUCUGAAUGCGUAUUGGAAUUUUCAUAGUUGUUUACAUUUUCGUAAAAAUAAUGUUUAGCUAAUUUGAGUGAAAAACAUGUAUAGGUGGAUCUCGGUUUGUGUAGCACCCUUAUGCCUAUCUUUGGUGUGGUAUUUUCCGUUUAUCUGGUGCUUGUUCUAUUUACUGUGUCUUAGUUUAUUCAUAGUGAUAGCAGUUUUUGCGUUAACGCUUUGGGGUCAUGUUGCGUUAUCUUCUCCUUACCAAACAUCGUUGUUUUUAUUAGAUAAAUUCGAAAAAGAUGUUCGACAGAUAGAGGAGACAUUGAAGGAAGAUCAAUCAAACUGGCCUUACACAACUAAAAAGACUCAUUUACCUGUAAUAUUUGGACGCACCGUUGACAGCCAGUUGCAACUUUUAAUAGAUUAUGUUCUAAGAGACUUUGUGGCCCGUUGGCUCAAAGAGUUAUCCCAUAAGCCUGAGCCAGUGAUUGAUAAGUUCAAAGAACAUGUGUGGGGUGCAGUGCAGAACUUGUAUGAGAGGCUGUUGCGAGUUGAUGCUGAAAAAUUGCUUGCCAGUGACAUGGUCACAAAGAUCACACAGCAUUUUGAAAGGAUAAGAAUUGCUAGGAGUUGUGCAAUAGAACUAAAUCAACCACCAGUAUUUGCUUUGGCUACCCACCUGAUGUCCUAUGACACAGAACUGCACUACCUGAGACAGAUUAGUGAACUCAUUAUAAUGUUCCUGAUGCCUCGUUGCUAUUCAUUGGCUCCAGCCACUCAUUUAAUGAGGGAAAUACUGGCAUGUAAAGUACUACAACCAGCUAUAGAUUUAGUGACAGAACCAGACUACAUAAAUCAGAAAAUAAUACAAUAUCUUGAGGCUCAAAAAGAAGUCGAUGCUAUGCACGUGAGAACGCACGAGUACGCCAAAACGUUUGAGGACUACAUACGCCUGAUCAAUAGCUGUAAUAAUGUCGACACACUGAAACGGUUACGAUAUGAUAUAGUCACACAAAUAAUGCAAGCGACGACCCUACAAAACGUCAAACGGGCUAAAGGAGUAGAUAUAGAAGUUAUAGAAAAAAGUGGUUCGCAAAAUAUAAGUAGACAACAAAUAGCAGACGCUAAGAAAUUGAAGAGGUACAUCAAUCAGCUGACUAUUGCGAAGGCGGAGUGUGAAACAGCUCUUAGGAAACUUGGAUGGGAUGGAGCUUUUCCUACUGUGGAGUCUGAUAGCAAGACUUUACCUUUACACAAAAUAAUGGAAAGCGUGACGGGGAGGCGGUAUCUAUCAAUGUUCCUGGAGACUAUGUGCUCACAGGGUCUGGUUGGGUUCUGGAUGGCUGUGGAAGAGUUGAGGCACAGCCCUAGAAGUAGCUGGCAUCAGCUUGGCGCCGAAAUAUUUUAUACCUACAUACGAUCGCCCAGCGCUGAGAUUAAAGUUGAUAAGGACACCAGAAAGAGAAUGGAAGCGUUCUUACUAGGUGAUAAAGGUCCAGAAGUAUUCUAUGAAGUACAAGACACAGUUGUGGAUACAAUACAGGAGAAGUACUACCACUCUUUUCUUCUAAGUGAUCAUUAUACUGCUUUGAUAGCAGAACUCGCUACUGAGGAAGCAAAUAAAGGCAAGGACAUAACAUCAGACAGAUCGCCAAUAGAAGACCGGCAGUUGUCGAACGAAUCGGUAUCGUCGGCGGAGAGCGUGGCGGGAACCAUUCACCUCACGGAACAUUCCACGUACGCGAGACGAAAACUAGACGAGCUGCAGGAACGACAUAAUAAUAAAAUACAAGCAUUGGCAGCUCUUCGAGCAUCUUUGAAACCUGAAUCCCCUGCGCUGGCUAUGUUGGCAAAUGAAGUGGAGAAGUUGGCAGGAGAACAGAUGAGGCUGGAGGCUCAUCUAGCCAGGACUGACACCUGGGCAGAGCAUCUCGGCCGGUGGCGGGCCUCCGUGCAUAGCGCUGAGAUUAUAGACGAGUCAAAACCACCACAGUUCGUGAUAGUGGUGCAUAUGGCGGAACAGGAGUCCAUGGCCGAUGAAGAGAGACCGGAACAGAUUACCACUGGAUGGGUUCUGCUUAGGACUUUGAACGAAUUUCAGGAACUACAUCGAAAGUUACGGCCUAUGUGUGCGGAAUUGAAGAAUUUGGAGCUACCAACGAAUUCGUUCAAAUUUCUUUUCGGAAAGAACGAUAAAAACUCUUUAGAGAAAGCUAAAAUUUUAAUACAGAAAUAUUUAGAAUUUGUUUUAGAAGACGAUAGACUAAACCAAAGCGAAGCUUUAUACACAUUCCUCAACCCUAGCUCUGAAUAUUUGAAGCAGGGUGACUUACCAAAGAAAAAUAAAUUCUCCUUUUCUACGUUAUUUAAGAGUACAAGCAGUGAAGCGACGAACAGAUCUUCGCAGGAGAAAGAGCAGUUUACACAUCUAUCCGCGGAUGAAGACGAGAUAUCUCUCUACUUAGACGGGAACGGAUCUGAUAACGCUAGCAAGAGCAUGACCAGCUCGUUACGUGGCGCAGGCGCCAUAGCGGAAGAAAGAGAUAGUAUAGCGGAACCGUUGUACGCGUUACUGAGCGAAGUGUUUGACAUGCGCGGCGUGUUCCGCUGGCUCAGGAAGACUCUCGUCACCUUCGUGCAGAUCACCUACGGCAGGACUAUUAACAGACAAAUAAAAGAGACUGUGACGUGGUUGUUCUCUGAACAAAUGUUGCACUACUACAUCAGUGUAGUUCUAAAGUCGUGGUGGCCGGGCGGGACCCUGUCUGAGAACACCUCCAAUAGAAACUUUCAAGAUAAAGAGCAUACCUGUACGCUGGCGCGGCAACAGCUGAGUGAGAGCGUGGUGGAUGCGCUGGCGUCGCUGGUCGGGGCGCAGGCCGCCGCGCGCGGGGCACACAAACUCUUCUACACGCUGCAGAACACCACGCACAACAAACAGCUCUUCUAUGAACUGUUCGAAUUGGUACUUCUAGAAGUAUUCCCAGAGCUCAAACGCUAUCAGUAACUCACUAGGUAAGGUAAGCCAUGACAAUAGAUAUAUCAAACGUACGUAGUUAUAAUCUUACAGGGAUCAUAUCUGAAACAUCGCUGAAUAUUAUACAAAAAGAUAAACCCUCUUUGAGAGACAUUCCUUUAUGUUAAUCAAGUUUACAAUGUUGAUACUUCAAAAUGACUGCACAUAUCUUUUUUAAUAAUGGAUAUCAACCUUUUUAAAUUCACAACCCAGUUUUUAACUUUAUGGAUCUGACGAGAAUGAUCUCUACAGCCUGUAUAUUACAUGUUUUAUGAACUUUUAUUAUUUAAAAAUAAACAAAACAGCCAAAAUGUAAAUGUUAUUCUGAAAAAAACUUUUGGAACGAUCUUACAAACGAAGCUCUCUUUCUACGUUUCAAUUUUAUAUGUACACUGAACAUUUUGUAUAAUGUAAUUGAAUUCGAUAUAAGGCCGCAUGUCUUUAGGAUAUACGAGUUAAAAAUAAGUUAAUUAGAUAGUAUAAUGUAUUGAUCUCAAGUUUUAAGUUCGUAUACCUCGUUACUCAUAAAGAUACAUAGCGUAAUCGAAUUUAUUUUCUCAUAUUAUUUAACAGAACAAAGGCCUCAUUUUCUUCCUAGCUUAAUUUUUUACUAAUAUUAUUUUGAUAAAAAGCGUAAUAUAUUCAAAAUAAAUUAUUUUUUAUAUGCCUUUAGUACGAUUUGAUUUUAAUAUUUCGCCACAGGAUUAGAUAGCUUAUUCCUAAUGUAAUAUAAAAGUGUUAGUAUUUUCGGAACGUUACUUUGUUUUUUAUAGUGUUGUGCCAAAGAAUGCACGUUUGACGCAUUACUAUAAGUUCACGCAUCGAACUAAAGAUAUCUACUAAAAUAAAUCUAUCGAUGUUCCAAAUUUGUAACAUUUACUAGUGUACCUGAAUCUUGAACGCCAAUAGUCAAAUUCUAAUGUACUUGAUAUACAAAAUAAAUGAAAGAACAACAUUCUUUGAAAACGAUCAUUUUUAUUUUUAAUUGUAUCUCUUUCGCUUAUUUAUAUUACUUAUCCGUGCUAUGUUCUAUCUCUUGCAUUUAUUUUAAGAUGAAACAUUUCCAGUUUUC